CAGAGACACGACACUAACCUUGCGACCUGUUCUGUUCUUCGUUGAAGACCAAGCAAAGCUUCCUCAUUCAUUUGGCGUGAGAAUUUAUUAAAAAAAAAAAAAAAAACUUCGAAUCUCCGCCAUGGAUGUUAUUAGGUGGUGCUACUUCCUCCUCCUCUCACAAACCCUCUUCUUCUCACCAUCCCACACGCAGACCGAUUCAUUCACAUCAAUUCUCAUAUCCCAAAACGGCCUCGAUUUCGUGAAAAACCUCCUAGUCAACAAAGCUAUCGCGUCGAUUAUACCUCUCCAGAUCCCCAGGAUCGAGAAAUCAGUGAAAAUCCCGUUCUUAGGAGGAAUAGAUGUCGUCGUCUCGAACCUCACGAUAUACGAGCUCGAUGUUGCCUCGUCUUAUGUCAAGCUUGGUGAGACAGGUGUCGUCAUCGUCGCUUCGGGGACGACUUGCAAUUUGAGUAUGAAUUGGCAUUACUCUUAUGCCACUUGGAUUCCUCCGAUGGAAAUCUCUGACCAGGGGAUUGCAUCUGUUCAGGUUGAAGGCAUGGAGAUUGGACUCUCUCUAAGCUUGCUAAGUAAUGAAGGAGGAUUGAAACUCUCUCUUUCGGAAUGCGGAUGCCAUGUGAAAGACAUAUCUAUUGAGCUUGAAGGAGGAGCUUCAUGGUUUUAUCAAGGGAUGGUUAAUGCAUUUAAAGACCAAAUUGGAGCAAGUGUGGAAAGUACUAUUGCCAAUAAGCUCAGUGAAGGAGUCUCAGACCUUGAUUCGUUUCUACAAAGCCUUCCAAAGGAGAUCCCAGUAGAUGAUAAAGCUGCGCUCAAUGUCACUUUCACCACUGAUCCUAUACUGAGAGAUUCAUCCAUCACUUUCGAAAUCGACGGCUUGUUCACCAAAGCAGAAACGAAUCAAGUCUUAAAGUCCUCCUCCUUAAGAAACUCUGCACCUUCAUCUAUCUGCCCUGGAAAUUCUAAAAUGCUCGGAAUUUCACUGGAUGAAGCUGUCUUCAACUCUGCUGCAGCUUUGUACUACAAUGCAGAGUUUAUGCAAUGGAUAGUGGAUAAAGUACCAGGUCAGGAUCUUCUAAACACUGCUAGGUGGAGGUUCAUCAUUCCACAACUAUACAGGAAGUACCCAAACCAGGAUAUGAAUCUGAACAUCAGUUUAUCAUCGCCUCCGGUUGUAAAGAUCUCAGAGCAGUAUGUGGGAGCUAAUGUGAACGCGGACCUAGUAAUCAACGUUCUAGAAGCAGACCAAGUAAUACCAGUAGCAUGCAUCUCCUUGGAGAUCCGAGGGUCCGGUGCUCUCAGAGUGAUGGGUAAUAACCUUGGAGGCAGCGUCAAAUUAGAAGAUUUCUCCAUGUCUUUGAAAUGGAGUAACAUUGGAAAUCUCCAUCUGCAUCUUCUUCAGCCAAUAGUGUGGACGGUUAUACAAACGGUGUUUGUGCCAUAUGCAAAUGACCAUCUAGAAAAAGGCUUCCCUUUGCCCAUAAUCCACGGAUUCACACUUGAGAAUGCUGAAAUCAUCUGCUCAAGCUCUGAAAUCACAGUUUGCAGCGAUAUCGCCUACUUGGAUUCGUCCCAACAUCCUCGAUCAGGUUUGAGUCUACCAAGAUCUGCACCUUGGAUAAACACUUUGUUGUAGUUUACAAUUGGCGGUUGUAAGUGUCAAUGCUGGUCUGGUAUCUGGACCAGUGACAAAACGAAGCCUUGUAUAUUACUUUUGUAUCUUGAUGUUGAACAAACUGUGUAUGCUACUUCUCUAUAUGAAAUAAAUAUAUUUCUUGUAAUUACUA